GCUGCGGGCGGAAGCUCUGGGCCGGCGCCGGGGCUGAGCGCGGUGUGGGAGUCCGAGGCCCCUCGCCGAGGGGCGCGGGGGCUGCUGCCCAGCAUGGGCAACCCGUCGCUGUCCGAGGAUUACCGCCAGUGCCUGGAGCGCGAGCUGCGGCACGGCCGCGCGGGCGUGUGCGGGGACCCGUCGCUGCGCGCCGUGCUCUGGCAGAUCCUGGUGGAGGACUUCGACCUACACGGGGCGCUGCAGGACGACGCGCUGGCGCUGCUGAGCGACGGCCUAUGGGGCCGAGCCGACCUGGCGCCCGCGCUGCGCGGCCUGGCGCGCGCCUUCGAGCUGCUGGAGCUGGCGGCCGUGCACCUGUACCUGCUGCCCUGGAGGAAGGAGUUCACCACCAUCAAGACCUUCUCCGGGGGCUACGUGCACGUGCUGAAGGGUGCUCUCUCCGAGGACCUGCUCCUCCAGAGCUUCCGGAAGAUGGGCUACGAGCGCCGGGCUGGACACCGCCUCAUGGUGGCUGCCCUGCCCCCUGCCAGCCAGUUGUUGCAGGUGGCCCUGGGCUGCUUCGCGCUGCGGCUGGAAUGUGACAUCCUGGGAGAGGUAUUGGCCCAGCUGGGCACCAGCAUGCUGCCGGCUGAAGAGCUGCUGCAAGCACGCCGGGCCAGCGCUGACGUGGCCUCCUGCGUGGCCUGGCUGCAGCAGCGGCUGGUGCAGGACGAGGAGCCGCCGCCUCUGCCGCCCCGGGGCUCCCUGUCCAUGUACCAGGCCCAGCUCGACUUGUACCAGGAGCUGCCAGAGGAUGAGGGCUCGGAGGUGGCCAGUCUGUACGGGGGGUCCUCUCCUGGCCCGGACUCCCCAUCCUCGGAGCUGACCUACCAGCCACACCUCUGGGCUCAGAGUGCCAAGCUGUGGGGAACCGACAGUGGGGCCUGGGAGUCUGGGGCCCAGGGGGGUACCCUGCCUAACACUAGCAGCCCACCAUACAGGGCCCUGGAGGAGCUAGGGCCGGUGCCCGCAGCUUUCUCCUUCCUGUCUCUGCACACGGGGCUGUGGAAUGAGCCUGGAGACCUGGCCUCUCCCAAAGCCCCUGGGAGUCCCAGGCGGGCCAGCCCUCCACAGAGCCCUGGGGUGGCCCACGAGCCUGCUGCUUACCAGGCACACAAGUGCCUGGCGCCGGGCACCCUGCCCACUGUGUGCUGUGAUACAUGCCGCCAGCUACACACCGCCCACUGCACUUCCCUAUCCGCCUGCCGACCAAGCCAUGCACUACGCGUGCUGCUGGGGGACACACAGAGGCGCCUAUGGCUGCGGAGAGCACAGGUGGAUGCGCUGCUUCGAGACAACCCUGGGCAGCUCUAGGCCUAGCCUUUUUGGGGGAAGUAAGGGGGUCUCUGGUGCUUUUCUGGGCACAGCCCACCCACACCCUGGCACUGGCCUGCCUAUCCCCAGGGGCCUUGGCAGAGGUUGGAUCCCUCGGGCCCUCCCUCAGCUAGUGCACACCCCAGACCCACAGAUGCCACAGCCCCCAGCAGGGCCCCUUCCAGGCCCUGCAACCACUGACCCAUACCCCGGGCACUGUCCCCAUGGUCUCAGGAAGCGGAACUCUAAGAGGGCCCAUCUCUAGUGGGCCUGCUCCUGCCUGGUCACCAUGCCAGUCGUGUGAGAGGGCGUCACUGUCCAAGCUCUGUCUACACCACCUCACUCAGCACACCCUUGUCCCCUCUACUGCUGCUCUGGAGAUGGUUCUGGGAGGGGACACAGGAGCGGCCCUGAGCCCAACAAGAGUCAUCACUGACUGCUGAGCGGGCUGGACCCCUCAGCCCAAGGAUGCUUGAUGGGUGGGCAGUCGGAGACCAUUAAAGACACUGAGUUCGA